GCCUCUCGCGGAACAUAACACCGCUCACUUUACUCACAACUUCUCCUUCUAACGCAUCCCUAAAAACAAUACUACAAACAUGGCCGAAAAAGAAGGGUCCGCCGUGCCUGCCCAAUCAAAGGGCUCCUGGUCAAGCUUUCUGAAGUCUAUCGCGUCUUUCAAUGGCGAUCUCUCGUCCAUGACUGCGCCUGCCUUCAUCCUCUCCACCACGUCCCUGACCGAGUUCUCUUCCUACUGGACUGAACACCCCUCCAUCUUCGUCGCGCCCGCCGCCGAGAAGGACCCCGCUAAGCGCGCUGUGCUUGUCUUGAAGUGGUUUCUCAGCACGCUGAAACAACAAUAUGCCAGCCGAAGCGAGAAGCUAGGAAGCGAGAAGAAGCCUCUGAACCCGUUCCUGGGCGAGUUGUUCCUAGGCAAGUGGGAAGACGCGGCAGGAACCACACAGCUCGUGAGCGAGCAAGUCAGUCAUCAUCCUCCCGUGACGGCUUACUCCAUCUGGAACAACCAGCACGGCGUCCGGCUGCAGGGCUACAACGCGCAGAAAGCGUCUUUCAAGACCACGAUCAACGUCAAGCAAAUCGGUCACGCGAUGCUUCACCUCGAUGCAUUCAACGAAGACUACCUGAUCACUCUACCCUCCCUACAUAUCGAAGGCCUUAUCUCCGGUUCUCCUUUCGUCGAGCUGAACGGCAGCACAUACAUCCAAUCCUCAUCUGGCUACACCUCGCGCAUCGACUACAGCGGCAAAGGUUGGGUGUCUGGCAAGAAGAACACAUUCUCCGCAGUCGUCUACCCAGACGGCAGGGAGAAGGAGAAGCUGUACACGGCUGAGGGACAAUGGUCCGACGCUUUCCAGAUCAAAGACCACAAGACAAAGACAGUCAUUGCUGCGCAUGACCACAAAGUCACAAAGCCCACUCAACUUUUCGUGGCCGCUGUUGAGCAACAAGAUGACUUGGAGACACGGCGCGCCUGGAAAAAGGUAGCUGAUGCUAUUGUCAAGGGUGACAUGGACAAAACGAGCUAUGAAAAGACCAUCAUCGAAAACCGACAGCGUGAGAUGCGCAAGCAGGAAAAGGAGGCUGGUCACGAGUGGGAGCGCACGUUCUUCACUCGAUCAGCGAGCAACCCUUUGUUUGAGCGUCUAGCUGGCAAGGUCGGGGAGAAGGUCAACGACACCUUGACCAACGGGGUUUGGAUAUUCGACGAGAAGAAGGCAAGCACUGCGACGUCGCCUUUUCACCCUGAAGUCCAGCCGCCCAUCUAUGAGCUGAAGAAGUAGUUUAAUGUGUAAUGUCA